CAGCAAAGCGAGCCUGGAGCAGGGCAGGGAAGGAAGCUAAUCCUGACAUCCCCUUCAGCUCCAAGAUCCACUAUCCCAAGUCUGUCAUGUAGCAGAAGGUUCUUCAUCUAAGAAAGAAGCAUUUCAUCAAAACCAGUCGUUCAGGUUCCACAGCAUUAAAAUCAUGUUGGGAAAAAAGUUGGUGACUGCCCAGAAGCGAGGGGAGACAAGAGCCCUGUGCCUGGGGCUGGGAAUGGUCGCGUGCUCCAUGAUGAUGUGCUUCUUUAUUGGGAUCACCAUUGUGCCAUUCUACACUAAAAGUGUUUGGACAACAGAAACUAUGUGCAAAGUACUCAAAGCCAACAUCAAGGACAAAGUUCUCUGCCCAGAUGGGGAAGGAUCAGAGGAUGAGGAUAUCUUUCCUUAUCCCUGUCUACAGGUGUGGGUUAAUCUGACAGCCUCGGGGCAGGAGGUUAUGCUGUAUCAGACUGAAGAUACACUGGAAAGAAACCCUAAGUGCUCGUAUGUCCCAGGCAAGUCAGAGAACUCUAAAGAAGUUAAAGCACGAAUAGAAACAAUUGCAAGCAAUUUCAAGAAGUACCAGACUUUUCCGUGCUACUAUGACCCAGGAGGAACUCAGCCCAAUGUCAUUCUAAGCAGACUUUAUCCCCCCAGAGGCCUCCUCUUUGCUUUCCUUUGGCCCACACUCAUGUUUACAGGUGGAUGUCUGAUUAUUGUGCUGGUAAAAAUUAGUCAGUAUGUUUCUGUUCUUUCUGCUUGGCAGUAGAAAAUAAAUACCUGGCAUAGAUUGA